AUGGUCGGCGCAAGCAAAGUGGGUGUUGCCCCCCGGUGCCGCGUCGCGCCGCUUCGCUGUGCAGUUGGUGAAGAGCCGGACAUCAAGGAGUGCAUCAAAUGCUGCGAGACAAUACUCAACUACCACAACAAGAAGUAUGCUGGGAAGCCCGCCGUCGUUAAUUGCUCGUUCGCUAUCGCAUACGAGGACGUGCUUAAAAAGUUCAAGGCCGACGGUAUGGAGGUCGACAUGUUGAAAGAUAUGACUGAAUUUUUCAUCGGCAAGUUCCAAGAAGCUGUUCAGAGUCUUGUCAACGCAGGAAUGAUUAUUGUUGCAAGUGGUGGGAACCAAAAGGAAACGACUAGCGCACCCUGGGCAGAGUGGAAAGCCAACCAAGGCAAGAAGCUAAGAUCAGACACUUCGUUCCGCGCACCGCAGUGUUUCGACAAUGUCAUUGUAGUGGGCGGCCUUGACCGUGAUGGCAAAUUAUGGGAUCAAUCCGGUACUGGGAAGCUCGUGACACACUAUCUCCUGGCCGAUCGCAUUGAAGAUCCCUGUGACUACUCUUUAUUGAUAAUGGGAACCUCUGUCGCUGCUGCGUUCCUCUCAGGCAUCAUAGCUUGCAUACUUUCGUCUGCCCAAUACAAGGCGAAAGCUCAGGUAAGCGUUGAUAAUGCGAGGAAGCACAUUAGACAGAUCCUGGAGAAAGUAUCGGAAGAAUUUGAAGAUGGAAAGGGGAACAAAUGCCGCGCUUUUAUGGCUGGCACUAUUGACCUGAAGAAUGUUGUUUGGGACUAUAAAGUCUGA